ACCGCCCAUGAGAAAAUGAGUUAAGAACGUGUACACAGAGUUCUUUCCUUGAGAGACACCGUGGCUUGCAAACGAGCGAAUCAUCGCAGUUGCUCAGUGUUUGGAUGUACAAAACCUCGAAAAAGCCAGCUCAUCAAGUGCUUACAUUCAGCAGCUUCUCUCAAGGGAUGUUGCCUGCCAGACAGAAAACCUGGAAACGCAUAUUUGUAGGCACACAGCUAUCCUUAAAGUCUAUGCAGCCCCAUUUUAAAAGUGAAGAAGACUGCGAUGCCUUUGGAGACCGUAGCACUCAGCGUGGCGCCACCUCAGAGAUUCUGUGUGUGGACGCCCCUGGCUCCUCCCACAUGUCCAGUCACAGCGAGGAACUGAAGAUUCUGAGCGUCUACGGAAAAGGGGAGGGCCCACUGGCGGAGGACGGCCAUGACACCCUCUUCACCGCGUCAGAAGUGGAGGCCCUGAACUCGCUGUCUGCGGUCCACAGCGUGGCCAAGAGCUUGGAGCGCGGCGAGCGGCUGGUCUGCCGCGAGGAGCUGAGUGUGCUGCAGACCCCAGACACCAUUUCAAUAAAGGUUGAAGAGGAUAUUGGUGGAGGCUUGCCCGCCGCAGAAGACUGCGAUGCUUUUGGAGACCGUAGCACUCAGCGCAACGCCACCUCAGAGAUUCUGGGUGUGGACGCCCCUGGCUCCUCCCACAUGUCCAGCCACAGCGAGGAGCUGAAGAUUCUGAGUGUCUACGGAAAAGGGGAGGGACCACUGGCGGGGGACGGCCAUGACACCCUCUUUACCGCGUCAGAAGUGAAGGCCCUGAACUCGCUGUCUGCGGACCACAGCGCGGCCAAGAGCCUGGAGCGCGGCGAGCGGCUGGUCUGCCACGAGGAGCUGAGUGUGCAGCAGCAGACCCCGGACACCAUUUCAAUCAAGGUUGAAGAGGAUAUUGGUGGAGGCAUGCCCGCCGUAGAAGACUGCGAUGCCUUUGGAGACCGUAGCACUCAGCGCAACGGCACCUCAGAGAUUCUGGGUGUGGACGCCCCUGGCUCCUCCCACAUGUCCAGUCACAGCGAGGAGCUGAAGAUUCUGAGCGUCUACGGAAAAGGGGAGGGCCCACUGGCGGAGGACGGCCAUGACACCCUCUUCACGGCGUCAGAAGUGGAGGCCCUGAACUCGCUGUCUGCGGACCAAAGUGCGGCCAAGAGCCUGGAGCGCGGCGAGCGGCUGUUCUGCCGUGAGGAGCUGAGUGUGCAGCAGCAGACCCCAGACACCAUUUCAAUCAAGGUUGAAGAGGAUAUUGGUGGAGGCAUGCCCGCCGUAGAAGACUGCGAUGCCUUUGGAGACCGUAGCACUCAGCGCAACGCUACCUCAGAGAUUCUGGGUGUGAACGCCCCUGGCUCCUCCCACAUGUCCAGUCACAGCGAGGAGCUGAAGAUUCUGAGCGUCUACGGAAAAGGGGAGGGCCCACUGGCGGAGGACGGCCAUGACACCCUCUUCACCGAGUCAGAAGUGGAGGCCCUGAACUCGCUGCCUGCGGACCACAGCGUGGCCAAGAGCCUGGUGCGCGGCGAGCGGCUGGUCUGCCGCGAGGAGCUGAGUCUGCAGCAGACCCCAGACACCAUUUCAAUCAAGGUUGAAGAGGAUAUUGGUGGAGGCAUGCCCGCCGUAGAAGACUGCGAUGCCUUUGGAGACCGUAGCACUCAGCGCGGCGCCACCUCAAAGAUUCUGGGUGUUGUCGCCCCUGGCUCCUCCCACUGGUCCAGUCACAGCGAGGAACUGGUGCAACAGACCCCAGACACCAUUUCAAUCAAGCUUGAAGAGGAUAUUGGUGGAGGCAUGCCCGCCACAGAAGACUGCGAUGCCUUUGGAGACCGUGGCACUCAGUGUGGCGCCACCUCAGAGAUUCUGGGUGUUGUCGCCCCUGGCUCCUCCCACUGGUCCAGUCGCUGCGAGGAAUUGGUGCAGCAGACCCCAGACACCAUUUCAAUCAAGGUUGAAGAGGAUAUUGGUGGAGGCUUGCCCGCCGUAGAAGACUGUGAUGCCUUUGGAGACCGUAGCACGCAGCGCGUCGCCACCUCGGAGAGUCUGGGUGUGGACGGCCCUGGCUCCUCCCACAUGUCCAGUCACAGCGGGGAGCUGAAGAUCCUGAGCGUCUACGGUAAAGGGGAGGGCCCACUGGCGGUGGACGGCCAUGACACCCUCUUCACCGCGUCAGAAGUGGAGGCCCUGAACUCGCUGUCUGCGGACCACAGCGCCGCCAAGAGCCUGGAGCGCGGCGAGCGGCUGGUCUGCCACGAGGAGCUGAGUGUGCAGCAGACCCCGGACACCAUUUCAAUCAAGGUUGAAGAGGAUAUUGGUGGAGGCAUGCCCGCUGUAGAAGACUGUGAUGCCUUUGGAGACCGUAGCACGCAGCGCGGCGCCACCUCGGAGAGUCUGGGUGUGGACGGCCCUGGCUCCUCCCACAUGUCCAGUCACAGCGGGGAGCUGAAGAUCCUGAGCGUCUACGGUAAAGGGGAGGGCCCACUGGCGUUGGACGGCCAUGACACCCUCUUCACCACGUCAGAAGUGGAGGCCCUGAACUCGAUGUCUGCGGACCGCAGCGCAGCCAAGAGCCUGGAGCGCGGCGAGCGGCUGGUCCGCCCUGAAGAGCUGAUUGUGCAGCAGACCCCAGACACCAUUUCAAUCAAGGUUGAAGAGGAUAUUGGUGGAGGCAUGCCCGCUGUAGAAGACGGCAAUGACAUCAGAGACCGUAGCACGCAGCGCGGCGACACCUCAGAGAGUCUGCGUGUGGACGCCCCUGGCUCCUCCCACAUGGCCAGUCACAACGGGGAGCUGCGGAUCCUGAGCGUCUACGGAAAAGGGGAGGGCCCACUGGCGGUGUACGGCCAUGACACCCUCUUCACCACGUCAGAAGUGGAGGCCUUGAGCUCGCUGUCGGCGGACUGCAGCGUGGCCAAGAGCCUGAACUGCAGCGUGCGGUUGGUCCGCCUCGAGGAACUGACCUGGCAUCGGGGCGGCCGCAAGGGCCGGCCCGGGGUCUUGUGUGGCAAGGUUUUUCCCAAUAAUGAGAAUAUGAUCGUUCCCAUGAGGACAAAACCAGACGAGAAGCCGUACGGGUGUGACCAAUGCACGAAGAGCUUCAUUGGGAAAGUACACUUGGAGAUCCACAUGAGGACUCACACCGGAGAGAAGCCCUACAAGUGUGACCAAUGCGCAAAGUGCUUCAGUCAAAGUGGACACCUGAAGAGACACAUGAGGACUCACACCGGCGAGAAACCCUACAAGUGCGACCAAUGCAUGAAGCUCUUCAGUCUGAACUGUCACUUGAAGAGCCACAUGAGGACUCACACCGGGGAGAAGCCCUACAGGUGCGACCAAUGCAUGAAGCUCUUCAUAUCGAAAACGCACUUGAAGAGCCACAUGUGGACUCACACCGGGGUGAAGCCCUGCAAGCCCUACAAGUGUGACCAUUGCGCAAAGUGCUUUGGACAAACAUACGCCCUUCAGAUCCAUAUUAGGACUCACACCGGGGAGAAGCCCUACAAGUGUGACCAUUGCGCAAAGCGCUUCAGACAGACAAGCCAGCUUACGGGCCACAUGAGGACUCACACCGGGGAGAAGCCCUACAAGUGUGACCAUUGCGCAAAGGGCUUUGGACAUUCAAGCCAUCUUAAGAGCCACAUGAGGACUCACACCGGCGAGAUGCCCUACAAGUGUGACCAAUGCGCAAAGCGCUUCGGACAGCCAAGCCAGCUUAAGAGGCACAUGUGGACUCACACUGGGGAGAAGCCCUACAAGUGUGACCAUUGCGCAAAGAGCUUCGGGCAGACAUGCCAUCUUAAGAGCCACAUAAGGACUCACACCGGCGAGAUACCCUACAAGUGUGACCAAUGCGCAGAGCGCUUCAGAGAGUCAAGCCAGCUUAAGAGUCACAUGUGGACUCACACCGGGGAGAAGCCCUACAAGUGUGACCAAUGCGCAAAGCGCUUCUUAACGACAAGCCACCUUAAGAGCCACAUGUGGACUCAUACCAGGGAGAAGCCCUACAAGUGUGACAAAUGCGCAAUGCGCUUCGAACAGACAAGCACCCUUCAGAUCCAGAUCCACAUGAGGUCUCACACCGGGGAGAAGCUCUACAAGUGUGACCAAUGUACGAAGCUCUUCAUUCGGAAAGACAAGCUGAAGAUCCACAUGAGGACUCACACCGGGGAGAAGCCCUACAAGUGUGACCAAUGCGCAAAGCGCUUCAGUCAAAGUAACGACCUGAAGAUCCACAUGAGGACUCACACCGGGGAGAAGCCCUACAAGUGUGACCAAUGCACGGAGCGCUUCAUUUAUAAAGCCUGCCUGAAGAGCCACAUGAAGACUCACACCGGAGAGAAGCCCUACAGGUCUGAACAAAUGCACGAAGCUCUUCAGUCAGAAAAGGCGCCUGGAGGACCACAUGUGUUAUGUAUUUUAAGCACAUAAGCUGCCCCCACAUAGCCACUAGGAAGCAGGAUCGAACACAAAAGCUGCAUUACCCCCACACAGCCACAAGGGAGCAGGA